CGACGUAGCAGACCUUUUUUAUGCUUUGACGCUAGGUGGGCGGAUAAUUCGGAGGUUAGAGCAAUGGUGUCUUAUGUUUGGCAGGAGGCUGUCCCUGGUACCCCCAUGUUCCAGCUCUGGGAGAAGCUUAAAAAGUUGCGGCAUUUGCUGUAUGAUUGGAGUAGAGCAGGCACUACUAACUCUCUCCGGAAUAUUCGAACCUUACAAACUGAAAUUGAUCGCGUCAAAUCCGUCUCGCCCAUAGAUUGGGAUUCAGUGCGGGUUAUGGAGUCGGAGCUGGGAAGGCAAUGGGAGGCGGAGGAAGUGUAUUGGCAACAGAAGUCGAGGGUGCGUUGGCUUAAGAAAGGAGAUCAAAAUUCUUCAUAUUUCCAUACUGUGACUCGAGCCCGUCGCAAGCAUAACUUCGUUGCUGGGCUUCGAAAUAAUGAAGGGGAGUGGAUCACUGACGAGGAAGGAAAGUCUGACAUUGCUACUGCUUUUUACCAAAGGCUUUUUACUUCUGACUGUCAGGUAGAGAAUAUGAUAGGGCGGGUGGAUCAGCUCCCUAUUGCUUGUGGGGUCACUGCGACUAUGAAUGAGAGGCUCACUGCAGAAGUCCUGCCGAAGGAAGUCCGAGACACUGUUUUUGCUAUGGGCUCUAAGCAGGCCCCCGGGUCGGAUGGGUUCACAGGGAAGUUCUUUAAAACUUUCUGGGAUAUUGUUGGGGCGUCAGUGAUUGACGCGGUUUGCUCGUUCUUUGUAACAAGUAAGAUGCUGCGUAGCUUUAAUCAUACUUGGUUGACCCUGAUCCUGAAGGUGGACAAUGUGGAGUCUAUUCGGCAGCUCCGGCCCAUCAGUCUUUGCCAAUUCGUUUACAAGAUUAUUACUAAAAUUAUGGCUGAAAGAUUGGCUACUAUUCUUCCAAUGUUGGUUACGGAAGGGCAAAAUGCUUUCAUUCGGGAGUGCCAAAUUGUGGACAAUGUCCUGUUAGGACAUGAGCUAAUGCAUUAUCUGAAAAUCAAGUCGCGAGGGAAGAAAGGAUACAUGGCUCUAAAGGUUGACAUGGAAAAGGCCUAUGACAGAGUCGAAUGGCCCUUUCUGCUCGCAGUGAUGACAAAGAUGGGCUUUAGCUCAGUAUGGUGCGGUUGGGUGCAUGAAUGCCUCAAAUCGACCUCGUUCUCGGUUAUGAUAAAUGGCGCUCCGAAGGGGUAUUUUUCGCCAUCCCGCGGGCUAAGGCAGGGAGAUCCCCUGUCUCCACUCUUGUUCGUCAUUUGUACGGAGGGAUUUGCUGCCCUGCUAAGGAAAGCUAUAGCGGAAAAGAAGUUGCAGGGAGUGAAAGUGGCGCCUCAGGCCCCACGGAUCUCUCACCUGUUCUUUGCGGAUGAUUCUUACCUGUUUCUCCGGGGUACCCUCCAGGAGUGUGAAAAUCUGAUUACGGUGCUGAAUGAAUAUGAGGAGUUAAGUGGUCAAAGGGUCAAUCUAGCCAAAUCUGCGGUCUGCUUUAGCAGAAACAUAGCGUUAACAGAUCAAGAAUUCCUAGGGCAGGUGUUAGGGGUGGGGGCUGUAGGUGUCCAUGACAAGUACUUAGGACUGCCUACACUUAUAGCCCGGUCCAAGGUGGAGACUUUUCGAUACUUGGAGGAGAAGUUACUUGCCCGGUUGCAAGGGUGGAAGCAGCGCACUUUAUCUUGGGCAGCGAAGGAGACUUUAAUCAAAGCGGUAGCCAUGGCCCUACCUUUGCAUGUGAUGUCCUGCUUCAAGCUCCCCCUCUCCCUUUGCUGGCUUCUGGAUAGGCAUGUUGCCCGUUUUUGGUGGGGGGUGGAGAAUGGUCAGGAUAAGGUGAGGUGGAUGUCUUGGAGGAAUAUGUGCCGCAGUAAACAUGAGGGGGGGAUGGGAUUUAGGCGUUUUGAACACUUUAAUCAAGCGCUGUUGGCCAAAAUCGGAUGGCGUAUCUUAAACGAGCCUGAGUCACUUAUUGCUCAAGUGUAUAAGGGGAAGUAUUUUCCAAGGAGUGGUUUUUUGGAGGCUACAACGCGGUCACGUCCUUCCUGGGGUUGGCAGAGUAUUCUGUUUGGGCGGCAACUGUUAAGCCAGGGCCUUAGGUGGCAAAUUGGUAAUGGCCAAUCGGCUCCUCUUCUUCGGAGUAGUUGGAUUCCUGGUCUCCAUCCGCAGGUUCCUCCUUUUAACCCCUGUGUGUUGCCUCCUAAUGAGGAGUUACGGGUUGCUUCUGUUAUCAAUGGAGAGGAGGGGACUUGGUGUGAUGCGGGUUUGGCGCUGUGGUUUGACCCCACCACCUGUCGGCUCAUCAAAGAGAUUCCCCUGCCUCGUAGUAAUGUGGAGGAUCGGCUACUUUGGCAUGGCACGCAGGAUGGUGUGUUCACUGUGAAAUCGGCUUACCAUCUGGCGGUCCAGUUGGAUAGAACGUGUGGCAAGUGGCGAUCUACAGCCAAUUGGAUGGAUAGGCCUAGCUGGAUUCGUGUCUGGGAGGCCCCAAUCCCCCCUAAACUGAGGGUUUUCCUCUGGCAAAUCUUAAAUAGGCUUCUUCCUACGACUGAGGCCCUGAUAGAGAGAAACAUUCCAGUACACCCUCGCUGCCCAGUUUGCUGGGCUGAGUCUGAAACUUUGGAGCAUCUGUUCCUGGAAUGCCCUGUAGUGCGAGCUCUCCGGGAUUACGCGGGGUUGGAGUAUCUGGGUCAGGGGUUGUCUCGUCACACCUUUCCUUUGUUCCUAAAGCGGUUGUUAAAUAUCAUACAGCAGGAGCACUUGUUUAUGGCUGUUACGGCUGUCCUUUGGCGUAUUUGGCGGUCUCGGAACUGGGUGGUGUUUGACGGGAAACAGUUUGGGUUCCCUGCUUUGAUGAGGCAGUACCACCAGCAAUAUCAGGAGUGGAUUAGCUUGCCAGUUAGUAGGUCUCAGGGAGGCGCGGUUCCCCAGGCAGGAGAAGUGCCCCACUGCCCUUUGAGUUGCUUAUGGGAUGGGGCGACCAGAGCGACCUCCCAUUCGGCAAGAGGUAUGGUGGUCCAGGAUCACUUAGGGGGAAUUUUGAUUGCCAGAGGGUUUCAGUUUGCUGGGAUUGAGGAUCCGUUGGUUGCUGAAGCUCUUGCCCUGCGUGAGGCUAUCCUUUGGUGUCGGGACUCUGGGUUGGGGGAGGUGCGCUUUGAGGGGGAUGCCAAGGUGCUUAUUGAGAAGAUUAAUCAAGCCAAUCCUAGAGACAACAGAGUUGGGGCGCUCCUGGAAGAGAUUAUAGGAAUUUUUGGUUCGAUGGGUGGGUUCUCUAUACGGUUUGUAGGUCAGCGUAGUAAUAGGGCAGCCCAUUUGGUGGCUAGAAAGGCUCUUCAAUUGUACCCGACUACGAGUCGUUCGUUUAAUUUUCUGGCCUGGCUCCAGUCCAGGAUGUAACUACCUUUGGUUCUGAUCAAUAUAAUGGUUAUCUUUUGGAAAAAAAAAAGACGUGACUAUGUAACUAGAAAGUAGGAAAAUCUUGCUCAUAGAACGAUUAAAGGCAGGUUAAGUGAGGGUUUCUAGUUGAUCGUCCCCUGCAAAACUGUGGUAAAUAGAUGCCAAUUUAUUCG